CAGCCCCAGCAGCGCCAUGUGAGUCUUGGAGGGUCUGGCAUUCUCAAAGGUAGUGUCGAAUUUUGGGGAAAGCCCCUUCUCUUCCAUAGUCCAGACGCCAUUGGGGCCCCUGCAACAGCGGAGACGGAAAGGGCAGCUGAUACCCUGAGAAGUGGCUGAGCUCCAGGGCGCCGCGGGGCAGCAGGACGACAGGAGCAAACCCGGUGCCACCUCACGUGCGCUCAGCUCCAGCUGUCACCGGCUCUGCGGACAGGACAGGGCUGCGCAGGAAGUCAUGGAGGUGUAGGACCUUGCGCUUGGCCUUGUUGAACCUCAUGAGGUUGCCCCAGUUCUCCAGCCUGUCCGGGUCCCUCUGGAUGACAUCCCGUCCUUCUGGUAUGGCAACUGCACCGCUCAGCUUGGUGACAUCUAUGAAUUUGCUAAAGGUGCCCCCGAUCUCGCUGUCGAUGUCAUUGAUGAAGAUAUUAAAUGGCAAUGGCAUUUCAGCGGACAAACAGCCGCCAUCUGCAGAGGGGUCUGAUCCCCGGAGCCCCCCCGGCUGCCCAGCGCUGCCAGCUGUAACCGCAGCCACAGCCGUAACCCAACUCCCUCGCCUCCAUUUCCACAACCGGUGUGGAGACGGCGGGGGACAACGGGGACACGGGAGCGGAGAGGCUGUCGAUACCGGUGGAGGAAAGACCUUCGAGCACGGCUGAUCCCUGUCCAGGUGCCACAGGGCUGAGGCUGGAGCUGCCAUGAAGAGCCUGAAGGCCAAGUUCAGGAAGGCGGACAGCCAGGACUGGACCAAGAAUGACGAGAAGCUCCUGCAAGCUGUGGACUACAACGAUGCGGGGAAGGUGACAUCUCUCCUUGUCCGCAAGGGCUUGGUCCCCACCAAGCUGGACUCAGAGGGCAAAUCCGCGUUCCACCUGGCUGCUAUGCGGGGGAACGUGGACUGUCUGGAAGCCAUGCUGGCCCACGGCGUGGAUGCCAUGACCAAGGAUAGCUCGGGUUACACUGCCUUGCACCUGGCAUCCAAGCACGGCCACCCGCAGUGCGUCAGCAAGCUGCUGCAGGCCUCCUGCCCUGUGGACGUGGCUGACGGCAGUGGCCAAACAGCGCUGCACCACGCAGCGGUCAGCGGCUGCAUCUCGUGCUCGGAGAUUCUCUGUGAUUUCAAGGCUCCCUUGAACAUCAAGGACAAGGAUGGCUUCACACCGCUGAUCCUUGCUGCCAAGAUGAGCCACUCGGAGCUCUGCCGGUACCUGCUGCACCGUGGCGCGGCGGUCAACAGCCGGGACCUGCAGGGAAGGACAGCCUUGAUGCUGGCCUGUGAGAACGGCAGCGUGGAGACAGUGGAGGUGCUUGUCAACGCCGGUGCCCGCGUGGCCUUGGUGGACUCCACAGGUCACGAUGCUGCGCACUACAGCCUGGCCACGGGCAACGCUCUCAUCCAGCAUUUCCUGCAAGAGGCUGCUCAGCGCCGGUCCUGGGCCAGUGAAGAGGAGUCAACUGAGCAGACAUCCCAGACAUCUUCGCCGAGCCAGUCAUCCAUCAGGGAGAAGAACAGCACCCCAAGGAAGAGGAAAGCCCCUCUGCCUCCCCUGGGCACCCCCAGCCAGGAGGACCAAGACGCCUAUGAGGAGAUCGUACGGCUGCGGCAGGAGAGGGCCCAGUUCUUGCAGAAGAUCCGGGGAUUUGAACAGCAGGAGAAGCAGAGACAGGAGCGGGCACAGCUGGAGGAGGGCUCCAUGCGCUCCAUGGAAAAGAAGAUCCAGGAGCUGGAGAAGCAGCUGGCUGCAAGGGAUGGUGAGAAGGAGCAGCUGGGCAAGGAGGUGGAGGCUCUGCGGAGCCGCUUGUCCUCCCUGGAGAACGAGAAGGAGAACACGAGCUAUGACAUUGAGACGCUGCAGGAUGAGGAGGGAGACCCGCUUGAGUUCCCAGGGGCAGAGCUGCUGCUCUCCAAGAAGACGCUGAGCCCCUCAGCCGAGGAGCUGCUGGCCACGCUGCAAGGUCAGGUGCAGUCCCUCACCGUGCAAAACAAGGAGCUGAGGGAGAAAAUACAGGUGCUGGAGAAUUUUGAGCGGGACGAGAGCAACCUGUCCCCCCCAGGGGACUUUGUGCCCGCCAGCCUCUACAAAGCUCUCCAACGCGAGCUAGAGCAGUUGCGAGCACAGCACUUGGAGCUGCCGCGGGAUGCGGGUCUGAAGGAUGAGGCCGGUGGGCAAACUGGUGCCUCGGAGCAAAGCAAAGAGGGGAGCGCGGCGCCGGAGCCAGCCUGGACUUGGGGCGAGUGCAAAGCAGCCCUGGGUGAGCUGCGACUGCCACAGGCACAGUCCUCCUCCUCUGUGGUGGAGCGGGAGGCUGGCACUGAGCUGGUGGAGGCUCGGGCAGCGCUGCGGCAGGCGCAGGCAGCGCUGGAGGAGCGGGAGCUGCGGGUGAAGGAGCUGCAGGCACGUUUGGAGACCAUGGAGGCAACAACCGCCCUGGGGACCUCCUUGGAGGAGGUGUCGAGGGAGAAGGAAGCCUUGCUGGAGCGCUGCAGCCGAGCGGAGGCGGAGGUGGAGAACCUGCGACGGGAGCUGGAGGCCAAGGCACGGGACAGGCGAGCGGCUGGUUGCCCUGAGCCGGAGCCUGAGCUGCUGGAGCAUCGCGUGGUGGAGCUGGUGCGGCAGCAGGAGGAGGCGAUGGCGCAGCUGGGGCAGCUGCGGGAGACACUGGGGCGCAGGGAAGCCGAGCUGGGCAGCCUGCGGGAGCAGCUGGCGGCGCGGCCGGUGGGGCGUCGAGAGCACGAGGAGGCUCUGGCGCGGCUGCGGCAGGCGCAGGCGGAGGCGCAGGAGCGGGUGCCGCGGCAGGAACAUGCCCGGGCCAAGGCAACGCUGGAGGAGCAGGCGCAGGCACUGCGGGAGCGGGCGGCGCAGCUGGAGGUGUCGGCGGAGGCCAAGGGGCGCGAGGCUGCGAGGCUGCAAGCUGAGCUGGCCACGGCGGUGCCGCGUGCCGAGCACGAGGCAGUGCAGGCGGGGCUGCGAGCCGAAGCGGCUGCGCUGGCGCAGCGUCUGGACGAGCUGUCGCGGCGGCACGAGAAGACGUGCGAAGAGGUGUUCCGGGUGCAGAGGCAGGCGCUCUUCAUGAAGAGCGAGCGGCAGGCGGCGGAGGAAAGGUUGGCCGCCACGCAGAAGCAGCUGGUGGAGGCGCAGGACGAGGCGCGGCGGCUGCGAGAGCUCCACAGCCACACCGAGGACACGGCCAAGCUGGUCAGGGACAGGGACAGGAAGAUCACGGAGCUCUCCAAGGAGGUCUUCAGGCUGAAGGAAGCUCUCAAUGCUCUCCCCGACUCCCGUGAAUCACCACAGCCACCUCCUGACACCUCUGCGCUCCAGGCCAGGAUCCAUGCGUUGGAGGAGAAGCUGGUGGAGACAGAAAAGCGGCACAGCAAGGUGGUGACGCUGUACCGGAGCCAUCUGCUCUACGCAGUGCAGGGCCACAUGGACGAGGACGUGCAGAGACUCCUGUGCCAGAUCCUGCGGAUGCAGCAGCUGCAGGAGCAGAGCAGAUGAGCCCCCGCCACGGGGCCUGGGGACACAUCCAGUGACACGGCUGGGGGGGGCACAGCCCCACGCCAGCACCCCCCGUGUCCCUCUUUUUGCUUCUCCGAUCACUGUCACACGCAGCCCCACACCCGUGGGGCUGAUGCCGACCCCCCUGUGCCCCGCGCACCCCAGCACAGCAGCAAUAAAGUAUUUAUA